AUGAUGAAGAAGGACAUGAAUUUAAACCUAGUAGAUGCCACUAAUCUAAAGCCCUAUCUCCGCGACGCCGAGAGCAUUCUCAACUCCCCAGACCUUGGGCUGCUGAAACUGGCCUCCCCGGAGCUGGAGAGACUCCUCAUUCAGUCCAACGGAAUGGUCGUAACAACACCAACCUCUCAGUUCCUCUACCCGAAGUCAGUAACUGACGAACAGGAGUUUGCCGAGGGAUUCGUAAAGGCUCUGGAGGACUUACACAAACAGAACCAGCUGAACGGGGGGACGUGCGCUCAAGCGAACAGUCUCGACCUAAGUACCAACGUGGCUCCUGUCACUGUACACAUGGACUUACCAGUCUAUACGAACUUGAACAGUUAUGGUAAUGGUCCUUUGGGCACCACUGUCAAUUACUCCACAGACACUGUACCCUUCCCACCUCCUCCCUCUCACCAUUUAGGUGGCACACAGCAGCAACAAGCACAUUCCCGGCUGCAAUCCUUGAAGGAUGAGCCGCAGACAGUCCCUGACAUGCACAGCUUCGGCGACAGUCCACCACUGUCGCCUAUCAACAUGGACACACAGGAACUCAUUAAAGCCGAGAGGAAAAAGCUGCGGAAUAGAAUUGCUGCGUCCAAGUGCCGAAAGAGGAAACUGGAGAGGAUCUCCAGACUCGAAGACAAAGUGAAUAACCUAAAAACUCAAAACACUGAUCUGGCCUCAACGGCAAGUGUACUCCGGGAGCAAGUGGCUCAGCUAAAACAAAAUGUUUUGAAUCAUGUGAACAGCGGAUGCCAAUUGUUGCCACAUCAAGUUCAAGUGUACUAA